AUGAAUUAAUGUUUGAAUAAUAAGAGCAAGGCCAUUAUAAUCAAAUAACCUGAUCCCACCUUCAUGAGAGCUUUAAAUUUAGGCAAGCACACCAAAUCAAAUAACUAAAUACCAAAAGAGCAGUAAUAAAUAGCUACUCAAAGAACUUAAAGAACCAUCAUACCUUCAAUGUAUGGGAGAAUAAAAUCAAUCUCAAAUAAAAACAGCUAAGAAAAGAUUAGAGUUUACGAUGUGUUCAAAUAGAUUCCAAGGAAUAAGAGCCAAUCUUAUCAUAAUCACAUUAAUAAAAUGGAUGAGUCAAGAGAAAUACUAAGUAAACUUAAUUAGCAGAAAUAAAUCAAUGUUGAUUGUUAAAAAACAUCUAGAUUUAUAGAACCAGUCUUAACAACUCAUAGAGUUGAUCUCCCUCCUUCAAACAAAAAAAGAUCAUAUAGCAAUGCUUAGACUAUAGAUAAGUUAUUUAAGAUGAAUGACAAUUCAAUAUCCUAUAUUAAACCACCUCUAGAAACUCAAAGGAAAAUCUCUAAAAUUAAGACUAAUUUAAAAUUAUAAAGAGAUGAUAAUAUAUUAGAUUUGUUACUAUUAAACACUUGUGAAUUAAAAAAAAAAUUGUCCAAUAAAUCUAGUAACAACAACAGUUUUAUUUGUGUAAGACCUGGGAAGCUGCCAAAAGACUUCUUUAUUUAUAAUUAAUGA